CUUCGCGUCGCCAUCCGCACAUCCCCUCCAUGUUUUUUCCCCUCCCUGUUUUUUCGUGUCCUCUAAUUUCCCUCAUGUUGAUGUUUUGACGGCCUACUUGGCGUGCGAGUGUAUUCGAAGAUGUUCUCUCAAGCGUACGUGCGUCUUUCUAGACUUGUCCAUCACGUCAAGCGAGGCUGGACAGAUGAUGACCACCACCACCACCAUCACCAUCAUCAUCAUCAUCAUCAUCAGGCCUCUGCCGAACGUCUCCGGGCCUUCCGGCUGAAGGUGUCGUGCAACGUGACCACUCUGAGCGAGAAGCAGCUGAAGGAGAUCCAGGCCCCGACCAGCAAGUUGUACCUACCGGCGCUCUACCUCCUGGCCCUGGCGGCGGGUCUCCCGGCCAACCUGCUGGCCCUUUGGAUCCUGGUGUUCAAAAGCAAGCGUCUCCCGUCCACCGUCCUGCUCAUCAACCUGACGGCGGUGGACUCUCUGCUGCUGCUGGCGCUGCCCUUCCGCAUCGCGUACCACUUCCGAGGGAGCCACUGGGACUUGGGCGAGCCGUUCUGCCGGAUUGUCACCGCCUCGUUCUACGGGAACAUGUACGGGUCGGUGCUGUGCCUGGCGCUGGUGGCUCUGGACCGCUACGUGGCCCUGGCGCACCCGUUCGGCGCCAAGACCCUGCGCGGCCGGCGGACGUCUCUGCAAAUGACAGCGCUGGUGUGGGCGGCGGUGCUGGCGGCCAUGUUGCCGCUGCUGACGUCGCAGCAGACGUACGCUCUGGACCGGCCCGACAUCACCACCUGCCACGACGCGCUUCCCCAGCGCGAGCAGGAGAACUUCUUCCUGCCCUACUUCGUCACGCUGUUCACGCUGGGCUUCCUGCUGCCCUUCGUCGUCAUCGUGUUCUGCCACUGCGGCGUCCUGCGAGCGCUGAUGGCCGAGGGCGAGCGUUACGCCCACGCCGUCCGGGUCACGCUGCUGGUACUGCUGGUGUUCGUGGUCUGCGUGCUGCCCAGUAACGUCCUCCUGCUCCUCACCUACGCCGCCGCCGACGGCGCAGGUGAGGACGUGUACGUGCCGUACAUGCUCAGCUUGGCCGUUAGCACCUUCAGCAGCAGCGUGGACCCCUUCAUCUACUACUACGUGUCGGCGGACUUCAGGGACAAGGCCAAAAGCCUGCUCUGUUGCCGCGGCAACGCUCCGCCACCGGCCAACCCGCCGAACAAAGCGUCCUACUCCUCGUACGCAUCCGGGCCCAGGACGAAAGUCACCCUGCUGUCUGUCUCCACGCGCACCUGAACAUCACCGCGCCACGGAGAAAAUCAGUAAAAGAACCAUGUGACCACUUGCUUAUACAGUUUUGUGUUACUACAUCACUUUAUCACAGCUAACCAAAUACAUAUUGUUGAAUCCUU